AUGUCUGAAGUUAAUUAUUCUGACGAAUUUCAGUACGACGACCUGUCAGAGACUGAUUCGCUUCGACUUCUAAUCCUCCACCCAGGCACAUCAGGGUCCCCAAUUCAAAGCGAUCUCAUCCAUACAACAUUACGUGAAUGUCGCUGCGACAUUCAUGGGAACUACACGGCUCUUUCCUAUGUUUGGGGCGAUGCAAAUGAUACAACCUACAUUUUUGUUGAUGGAUUUCGAUUUGCUGUUACCGUGAAUCUCGCUGCAGCUUUACAUGAUUUACGGGAUGAGAAGCGACAACUACGGUUAUGGGCCAAUGCUGUUUGCAUCAACCAGACGAACAACCUCCAGCGCAGUCAGCAAGUUGACUUGAUGAAAGAAGUAUAUAGUCAUGCGCAGGCCACAGUGAUCUAUUUAGGAGCUUUGGUAGAGCAGACGGAGAGUUUAUUCGAGCUCAUGAACCAACUAGAUCCGGACAGAACUAAGCUUCUAGAAAUUGCUGAAGACGCGAUUAAAGAUGUAGUGUCACGACCAUGGUUCACUAGGGUCUGGGUGUAUCAAGAACUAGUGCUCUCAAACGUAGUAUUCGUGCAAUUUGGGCGACUGCGAGUUCCUUGGGAUUAUCUCUGCGAGGUUUUAUUGGACAGAUAUAGAGACCCGAGAGAGUGA